UAAUUGGUUCCUAAUUCAAGAUCCAAUCAAAUGCCAUGUUAUAUACACUAUUUCGCGAAAGUAAACAAAUGCCUGAAAUGGACGUUCCAAAUGUUGCACUUCGUGUUAGCCAGCUAGAUGCUGCCGAACUUGAUGAUGAAAUUGUCUCUUUGACAAAAUUACAGUUGUCAAAGCUCUUCAAGUACCAACAGACCAAUUUUCUUGCAAACUUUGAACCAGAGAUAAAUGCGGGCAUCAAGUAUCUUAUAUGGAAGUUUUCUGUGAGUGCCAGUGAGUCAACACUGGGGCAGUCUAUGCUGAAUUUGAAAUACUUUAAUGAGCGGGGGCAAACAUGUACCAGUCGUUGGAUUUCACACAGCCAGAAGUUACUGUAUGCCCUUCUUCUGAUUGGCUGUCCAUGGUUAAAGGAAAGGUCACAUGACCUCAUCAGAAUCUUUAAUGUUCAAAAAUGGAGGGAAAAGAUUGAAAAAGUAAUAAAGUGGAUAGAAACAGGGUUUAAAGUGGCAACUUUAGUGAAUUUUCUUAUAUUUCUAAGACAAGGGUCGUAUCUAUCAUUGCUGGAGAGGAUUGUGGGAAUUUGGUCAGUGUUUCCAGAGAAACAAGGCAUGAGACAGGUAACAUUUGAAUACAUGACAAGGGAAUUACUAUGGCAUGGAUUUUCAGAAUUCCUUUUCUUUGUGCUUCCACUAAUCAAUUUUCAAAGACUCAAAAACUUUGUGGUUCAGAAGUUCUUGUCAUCAUCAACUAUGACUAGCCGUUCUUUAGAUACUAAACGUGACUACACAACAUGUGCCGUUUGUGGUGAAUGGCCAAUCAGAGCUCAAGAAUUUGGUUGUCCACAUGUCUUCUGCUACUUUUGUCUGCAGAGUAAUUACAAAGCAGAUCCAAGUUAUGCAUGUCCUCUCUGUUCCUGGAAAGUUGGAGAUGUUUCAAGUAUUCACAAUGUGUCAUUUAUAAUGAAAGACAAUGACGAUGUUGAUGAUACCUGAUAUUCUAUGCUAAGAUACAAUCUCUGUGUGCCAUAUAUUCUUGGACAUAUAAGAGCCAGACUUAAGUCUUGUCAAAGGAUGAAAAUUAUAUAAGAAAACAAAAGUAUGGGUUGAUGUUGAAAGCAAAUUGUGAUACUGUAUAAAAAUUAUACUGUGACAUAUUAAAAAGAAUUGGAAACAUAAGUGAAGAUAAAAAUUCUUGUUAUAUUUUUAUUGUUGAAAAGAUGAUUUAUAAUUCUC